GCUUGGUUUGGGAUGUGCGCAAUUGCCAGAGUUCUCGUGUAAGACCGAUAACAGUGACAGCAAACGCAGCGAAAACACUGCCACACUUAUCGCAGCCACGCGCGUACAGUUCUGGUAAAGCAGCAGGACAACACAAAAGCAUGGAGACACGGCAAGCAACAUGACAGCCGAAGGCAUCCAAGCCGCCCACGACGCCGCCGUGCUGCGAGCAGCUUUAUUAGUGGGCGUCGGCGGCGUCGCCUGGGGUCUCGAUCUCGGCGCGGUCUCGGGUGCGUUGGAGGGCGCGCGACACGACCUGAACCUCUCGAGCCAGCAGACGGCGCUGGCCGUCUCCAUAUUUGGCCCCGGCGAACUCAUAGGAGGCCUGGCCGCGGGCCUCAUCGGGGACCGCUUCGGCCGCGUCAAAUCACUGAUGCUCUCGGCACUCGUGAUCGUCAUCAUGGCUUUGACUACAGCCGUGGCACCUUCACCACAAGCUCUGAUCGCGUGCCGCUUCGGCGCGGGCAUUGGUGCUGGUUUAUCUUUCGUGGCGCACAUCGCCUGGGCGUCGGAUAUCGCACCAAUAGGACGGUCCGGCUCGCUGACGUCGUGCUUCGAGCUGGCCGUGUGUGGUGGCUUUUUGGCCACGUUCGCCGUCUUCGCGUCAGGUGCUAUAAAGUGGCGCGGGCUGUUUCUGCUGCCCGCGGCGCCGGCGCUGCUGGAGUUUAUUUUACUUACAAGAGCGCCGGAGAGCGCCCCGUGGUCUCUGGUCGUGAAAGGGCCCGAGAGUGCGAAGGCCGCCCACACAGAUUUAUAUGAGAGGUGGGCCUCCACAAUGGUCCCGCCCUACGAGCCGCAAGCGGAAAAACUACCCGGCGUCGCCUCCUGGGCCGAAUGCCACUACUGGUGGCCGGCGGCGGUCGCGUUCGUCGUGCAGUCGUUUCUGACAUUCUUCACGGGCGGGUUUACGCUCUUCAUCUUCGUGGUGGAAAUCAUCGAGGCGGCGGGCGGGUCUAGAAGAGCAGCCGGCGUCAUCGUCGUGCUUUUUGGUGUGGCUAAAUUACUCGCGACGCUGGGCGUUGUCACCGCCUGUGUGGAAAUCAAAAUUUUACGGCGCGUUCACGCCAUCGACGCGACGCCUGCUCGAUGGCGCCACCCGACACGCUAAUUGAUUUCCACACAGGUCGCCGCGAUCGACGACACCGAUAGGAGACCGCUCCUCGCCGUGUGUUGCGUCGUGCUGGCGCUCGCGAACGGCGCCUUCUCGCUCGUUUUUUCGUCAUCGAAGCCGUCGCUGACGCUGGCCGCCGUGCUGGUCAUAGUGAUGGCCACUGCCUUUCCCCCGGCGUUCGGGGCGCUGAACUUCGUGCUGCUCGGCGAGUUGUUCCCGCCGGCCGUGAAGGCGCGACUUGUAUCACUAGAGAUGCUUCCUGCGGCGUUUUUCAAGUUCCUGGCGACGUACGGUACUUCCAGAGCCAUCGACAAGGGCGACCUCGUGCUCUUGUUCGCAUUCCAAAGUACCGUGGCGGCGCUCGGCGCGCUCGUCGCGUGGGUAGCGAUGCCCGAGACGCGCGGGCGCACCCCGCGGCAGAUUCGAUCGGCGCUGGUCGGUCGCCCGGACGACGGGUCCCCGGUCCCGUCGCGGGCGGCAUCGCUAGCAGGGAGCCCCCGGCGGAGCGGGUCGCCGCGCCCGCGGCCGCUCGCGCGCCCGUCGUCGGUCGGUAUGGUGUGAUGUGUGAGUUAAUGACUGUA